AUGGCCGACGGCAAGGUCGGUGUUCCAGAUGACCCCAACAAAAAUUUAAAAAUUUCGCAAAAUACGUUGUGUUUUUCGUGCAAACGUGGUGUUAAAGGCGACCUAAAGUGCCAAAAAUGUCAAGUUUCCUACCAUCCAUCUUGUGCUGUUCGCCUGAAAGGUCUCAGAGUGAUUAGUUAUGAAGAAGUUAUCUGUCCAGCAUGUGUAGUGAAACAUGACGGUGAACACCUUCUCAGUGAUAUCACAAAGGAAAACGAACUUCUUAGCAAGCUCGUCCUUGUGCUAAUGGAUAAUCAAGAACUCCUAAGGUGCAGAAUUAAUGAUUUAGAAACUCAAGUUGCUGAAAAUCGCAACAUUUCUGAUCUAACCUCAAAUUUUAAGAAUGGUAUUUCUGACUCAUCGAAUCUGGUUGGUCAUGGUCAUGGUCAAAGCAACCAGUCUAACCUUAACCACAACCAGUCAUAUGCAUCAGCUGCCUCCUCACGCAGUGCCACUUUUGAUGUCAAUAAAAAUAAGGCUUCCUCAUUCAAGGAUAAUGGUAGGGCUGUCACUGCUGUCAGUAGUGUCAGUGCUGUCAAUGCCAAAAUGAAUUCAUCGAAACCCAAGAAUAUAAUUCCUAGCGCUAGCAGCCAAAAUACGGAGCAAAUAACUAUUCAACAAGUUAGUUCUGCUAUAUUAGAAUCAACCUCAAGGGCAGCCAUGAAAGACUUGCAAGAUCUUGGUGAUGUUGACAACCAAGGGCAAUCUCAUGCUGAUGAGAAUUGGAUUAAACCUUAUAAUAGGCGCAAUAGAAAGUUUCUAGUAGGUGACAAUACAGAAACAGCUGAUGUUCGUGCCAUAACAAAGUUCGUUUCCUUUCAUGUCACACGCUUACACCCUAGUACGAGUGCUGAUAGCUUGAAGUCAAUCUUAUUGGAUCAGUUUCCAGAAGUCACUGUGGAACCUAUCAAAUCAAAGUAUCCCAAUAAUUAUGCUUCCAUGAAAGUGAAUAUCAGUCAGGAUAAUUACAAGAAGGCUUGGCGAAAGGACAUCUGGCCUAAAGGUGCCUUCGUGUCUAAGUUUUUCCAGAAGAAAGGGAUGCCACAGUCAGUAGUGGAUCCCACAGCUGUUGCGUGA